CAUCUACUAUGUCUUGCUGUUCAGCUAUUGAGUUAAACAGCCCUCUCUCUCUCUUUCUCUCUCUGUUUCCCAUGACUAGCAUUUACCAUCACAGCUCCAAAGGACCUGUACGUGGUGGAGUAUGGCAGCAAUGUCACGAUGGAAUGCAGAUUCCCAGUAGAACAGAAACUGGACCUGCUUGCCUUAGUGGUGUACUGGGAAAAGGAAGACAAGGAAGUUAUUCAGUUUGUGAAGGGAGAGGAGGACCUGAAGCCUCAACACAGCAGCUUCAGGGGGAGAGUCUCCUUGCCAAAGGACCAGCUUUUGAAGGGGAACGCGGUGCUUCAGAUCACAGAUGUCAAGCUGCAGGACGCAGGUGUCUACUGCUGCAUGAUCAGCUAUGGUGGAGCGGACUACAAGCGAAUCACGUUGAAAGUCAACGCUCCAUACCGCAAAAUCAACCAAAGAAUUUCCGUGGAUCCAGCCACUUCUGAGCAUGAACUAAUGUGCCAGGCUGAGGGUUACCCAGAAGCCGAAGUGAUCUGGACAAACAGUGACCACCAGUCCCUGAGUGGGGAAACAACUGUCACCACUUCCCAGACCGAGGAGAAGCUUUUCAACGUGACCAGCGUUCUGAGGGUCAACGCAACAGCUAAUGAUGUUUUCCACUGUACGUUCUGGAGAGUACACUCAGGGGAGAACCACACGGCUGAACUGAUCAUCCCAGAACUGCCUGUACCACGUCUCCCACAUAACAGGACACACUGGGUACUCCUGGGAUCCGUCCUUUUGUUCCUCAUCGCGGGGUUCACCGUCUUCUUCUGCUUGAGAAAACAAGUGAGAAUGCUAGAUGUGGAAAAAUGUGGCUUCGAAGAUAGAAAUUCAAAGAACCGAAAUGAUACACAGUUCGAGGAGACGUAAGCAGUGUUGAACCCUCUGAGCCUCGAGGCGGGAUUGGCAGCUUGUGGUCUGUGAAAGAAAGGGCCCAUGGGACAUGGGUCCAGGGACUCAAAAAUGGAACCGGAGAGGAGAAGAGAACAAAGAAAGUGUUGGAAGAGGAGCCUGGGACGAAAGACAUUUCUACAAGAGACACUGCUAAGCAAGUUACCUAUCAGUCAUCUCGGGCAAUAAGUUGAGGGUUCCUCAUUUUAACAGCUGGUCCUCGCACAAGUGACCUUUCUCUCUACCCAGUGCCUGGAUGAGAGGCAGAGUCACAAGUGUUGAAGUGUGAGUGCCUUCUAUUUACUUCCAGUCCGUGUGUUCUUGCUGUGGGCGUGUGGUUAUGACUGGUGACGUAAUAGACGUUAAAAUGCAGUCACCAAACUCAACUGCUGCUUAGCAUCCUCUGUAACUACUGGCACAAGCAGGAAGCGCGGAGGUCACGUGGUUCGUUUGACAGGCUCUUGCUGUCCGACUUGAGUAAUCUUCAUUCUCAGGCCUCAAGGUUCUGCAGUAGUAGUUGUUCUCUUUAAAUAUCUGCUUUACAAGUGUUGGGUACUACACUCAAACAUCUUAUUUCAUCACCAUGGCAACCCUCAUGCUAACCUCUGUCAAACUCCCUUCAUAGCCAAGAUGCUGAGUGUCUGAGUAACUUGACCACAAAAUGACAGCUAUCAGAUUUUUCAGGCACUGUCCUUUCAGGAUAGAAUUUGUAGCUAAGAAUUUAAUUAAAAAAAAAAAAACCCGCUUAUUAGGCACUUGCACACCACACCGUGCCUUGUGCACUGCUCUGGCCUCUGACAGAGAAGGAAGCCAGAGUGCCGGUCGGAUUUGCUUAUGUGUGUUCAAUACUCAAAUCAAUGCUCAUUAACAUGGAGUCCGCAUUUUAAAGACACUCUCCAGUUCUUUGUCUAGCAUUAUAUUUACCUCUGAUCUGUUAUCCUUGCCAAACAAUCUCAUGUUCUCCAUGAAGUGUCUAGUCUUGUUGAGUAGCUCUUUUUUUUUUCUAUUUAAAUGAUAUUGACAUCUGAGGAGACAGCUCAGUUGGUAGAAUUCUUUCCUUACAAGUGGGAAACCCUGUUUUAUCCCCAGAACCCACAUAAAAAACAGUUGCGUAUAUCUGUGCAUGCUUGAUCCAAGCACUAGGGAGGCAGAGACAGGCAGAUCUCUAGCUCUCACCGACCAGCCAGCUCCAGGUCUACAAGAGCUGACAGUGCCUGAGAAACAUGCCCACACCCACACACA